AGCAGCUCAUCACAAAUUAGUUUCACACCUCAUCGACGCAUCACACGGCCUUUGAACAGAAUAGUACGGUACGGCGAUGCCAGCGCGAUCUGACACUCUGUCCUGACCACUCUUCGACCACUGCGAACAAUAUUGUAUGCGCAUUCCUAGUCUCGUCGACCUCUUGGACUCUUGGAAAUCAACCAGUCUGAGCUUCAGGGCGGACAUGCUGUGAGCUAUAUGCCCAACAUGGCGUCUGAGAACCCCCCUCAAGCAUUCAUCUCCAGCUAUGCUCCGCGAUUGCGCACCUAUGCCAAUUCGCUCCUCACUCCAGUAAUCCAACCUGCCGCAACACUCGCUGCACCACUCUCUAGAACGACGAAAAGAGGCACGACUGCUAUCAAUUAUGCGGAGGAUGGCUACGACGAUUAUGAUGACGAUGACGACGACAAUCGAAGGAGACCAACAGGCUUGAGGAGCAUAAGACGAGAUGAAUCCGGGCAGGCCAAACAGGAUCCUUCCGACAAGGUAGGGAAGGAGGCUACUGCACCUGUAGAAGUACAAGGAAUAUGGAGAGACUGGAUGGGAAAGUCGAGAAAUGCAAAGCCUGACUUGCAAAACAUCGGCCAAACCGCCUUGCCCUUGACUCUAAUCCCAAUACGAAUUGACCUCGAUAUUCCCGCCUUUACCCCAGCUGCCCCCUUACCAAUUCCACAGGGAGUCGCUCACAAGAUAGACACAACUCUGCCAAUAUACAGAUCCCAGGAGACCACUGUACCGUACCGGCUGAAGGAUAUAUUUAUGUGGAAUUUGCACGAAACUCUAACAACUACGGACCAAUUUGCGCAAGCUAUGGUUCAAGAUCUUGAUCUGCCAAAUCGGGGACAGUUGGCGAAUGAGAUCAGCAAGCAAAUUCGCACACAGCUUGAAGAAUAUGCUGGAGUUGCUCUUCAUCCUCUCUUCCAUUCUCAGCAGACGACCACGACAAACGGUGUAGUGACGACCAUCAAACAAGGCCCGUUAUCCAGAGAUGCCUCAGCUACGCCAGCUGGGAGUGGAAAUGCUACACCUUCACGCAUUGGCACGAGCAAUCUAAAUGGAUUCAGCACACCGAUAAAGCGACCAGAAAAUAACAGUACAGAAGAUAUCACAGCUUCAGCCUCUGUAAUCCCUCCCGAAUCGGACGAGUACAACCCUGACGAUAUGUAUCGGUGCAUUAUUACCUUGAACGUGAAUCUCUCAAAUCAUCUCUAUACAGACAAAUUCGAAUGGUCCCUGCUUCAUCCUCCCGGGACAGCAGAGAUAUUUGCUAAGCAGACAUGUGCUGACCUUGGUCUCCCUGGAGAAUGGGUACCGGCAAUGACACAUGCCAUAUAUGAAGCUGUUCUACGUCUGAAGAAAGAAGCAUGCGAGAGCGGUGGUCUUGUUGGUGGUUAUGGAGGAGAAAUACCUAAUGAUGCCGCUCACGGUGCUGAUGCUGGCUGGCGAUAUGACAACGAGCAUCUUGCAGAUGAAUGGGAACCGAAGGUUGAGCAACUGUCCAAAGACGAGAUUGAGAAGAGGGAAGGAGAUAGGGAAAGACAGAUCAGAAGACUGAGACGUGAGACUGCCAGGUUCUCGUCAAGUACAGGUAUGCUUGGAGGUAUGCCACAGGCUACUGAAAACAGAGGAGGCGGUUAUGAUGAGCCACCGGAAGAAAGAAUGGGUAGAGGCGAACGUAGCAAGAAGAAGAGACGAUUCAGAAGUUUAAGUCCUUUGGCCCGAGCUGGUACACCUGGACGAGGCACUCCCGAUGUUGGUGGUAUUGCUGGCUAUGGCGGGGGUGGAUCUCUGAACGAUUAUGAGCGGAAUACCUGGAGAUGUUCCCAUUGUAAGGUCUGGGGCACUUCAGUUUGGGCUGUGCGGGACGGACCCCAAGGACCAAGAACAUUGUGCAAUAACUGCGGUUUCCUCUACGAGCGUGAUCGUAAACUACCAAAAUGGGCCAAAGAACUACACAAAGCCGAUUUGCGUGCCAUCGAUUACAGAUGAGAGCGGUAUCGAGGAAUUUGUUCGCCAGCUUUUGCUUCUUUUCGUGCGGUUGGCUAUCUAGGGAACUGGUGUACUUGGAGUCACAGAUGGAAGACAUAUCACGCAAUGACGUGUCAAUGAAAUGGACUUCUUGAGUCAUAUCAGGCAGGUGGUGUUAGAGUCAAAAGCCAAAUUCUGUACGAUAGCGAAGAUCAUAUAAUACCGAC